CCUCUCUCUAUUGACACCUUUAACAAAACGCGAAGUCACACCCAAAGUGAUAUUUAACACAAUAUCUUCAUGGCUGAGAAAUUCCAGAUUAAAGGCGAUACUAAUAAUCGUCAAAGUUCUGGCGGUAAUGUGACCCGAGAAAAGCCUACCGAUAUUUUCGGGUCUGAACAUGACCUAAAAGAAGAAAGCGAUGCCGAAAGAAGCUUCAUCAUGAGCGAUAAAGAGACAUUCGGUCAUCAAGAUAAUCGUGCUUCAGACUAUGAGUAUGGCAUGGGGUCAGGGAGACCAGCUAGUGAGGGGGAAAAGGGUGAAGGUUUAGGUCUUAACUCUGGUGAUCACCAUCAAUCCAAGAUGAAGGAACUUUUAGAUGAUGCAGGGCGCAUGUUGCACAUGGAAAAGCGAGGCAAGAAGGAUUAGUAGAGGCACAAGGCAAGCCGGAAUGGUGGAAACUGUCAUUACUAACAUCUAUCACCGGAUUCAGUAGAAGGGUCGCGUCUUUGACUCUCACACAAUCGCAAGGCUUAGUAACUUAUACAGUGUCAGAGUGGGAGACUGUAGGCAUCAUAUCUUUAACAGAGGAAUAAUAUCUCUUAAACAAGUCAAAAUAA